AUCGACACUUCCCUCCUACACUCUGCAUCGCACUGUGACGACCCCUCGUUACGUGGCAAGUCCACCUGCACCUCGCUCUCUCUCGAUUUCAAGGAUGCCUUCUUUAGAGGACAUCGACUCUUUCCUGGACGAAUUACCGAACGUUGACCGACAGUCAUGCAAGCUCCUCGGUCCGACUGCUUUGAUCGUGCAAGCACUUAUGGGCGUGCUGGUCAUUCUCUCGCUGGUGUAUAAACGGCAUCGUGAGACUCCGAAGCGGCCAUGGCGGAUAUGGCUGUUUGACGUGUCGAAGCAGAUUGUCGGCCAGAUGUUCGUUCAUGGCGUGAACGUCCUCAUAUCAGAUGUUGUUGCCCACAUGUCCACAACGAACCCAUGCGUCCUCUAUUUUCUCAAUAUCUUGAUCGACACCACCCUCGGUGUUGGCAUCAUCUAUGUUAUUCUGCAAGUCGUAACGCACCUCCUCACCGACAAGUUUCAGUGGAAGGGGUUCCAGUCCGGAGUCUACGGCACUCCUCCUUCCCUCAACUACUGGUUCCGCCAGGCAGCUGUCUACGUAUUUGCGCUCACUGCCAUGAAGCUUCUCGUCGUCGCUCUCUUUGCCGCGCUUCCGGCUAUCUUCGAUCUCGGGGAGUGGCUACUUACAUUCCUUGGACCCAGUGAAGCUGCGCAAGUCAUCUUCACUAUGGGGAUUUUCCCUAUCGCGAUGAACAUCAUUCAGUUCUGGCUGAUAGACACCAUUGUAAAAGGCUCGAACAAUGCUCCUCUCGCGCUUGCCUCCGACUCUCCUCGUGGCUCCCUCGAUGCUGAUCGGGAGCCGCUAUUCCAUGCGUCAGAUGAUGAAGACGACGAAGAUGGAUUGCCAGCGAGGCAGUACGACAUCGAGAACCCCCGGCCUCGCUCCAUAUCGCGUUCUCGUGACCCGGAACAGCAUCUGUCCGGGGGAGAAUCGAAGUCGGUCGGCUCGAGCACUGCGACAGCUGUCCCGUCAGGGUCGAGUACCCCAAUAUCAAAACCCAUAGACACCGGUGUCGCCGUGCACGCGUAUCCGCCGGCUGGUACCUCCGCAUCGCCAAGUUCGGCCUCCUCGUACAGGUCCACAAGCUCUGCAGGUUCAUCGCGGUCGGGUUCCUCUCGGAGGCGCGAGCCACCCCCGCCAUUAACCUUCAAGCCUCGUGAGGCAUCGCAACCGAACGUUGAGAUCUCCAGGACCGCGCCUCCAGAACUGGAGGAGACGCGGCAGGAGGACGACGAGAAGUGGGCGGCAUGGGGCGACGACGGUGAGGACGACUGGGCGGAGCGGGUCGGCGAGGAGGAGUGGACGGGUCGGCGGUUGGAGGCGACGAAGGAUGCAGUAGACCAUGUCUGGCGGCAUAGUCCUCAUGCGCCCGCGGUCUCAGUGUCUUGAGGUUCGUUCGGUCUUGUUCUUGGACGGUGGCUCUCUUUCUAUCCUAUCCCUACGCGCUCACUACUCUUCCGUGUACAUUUGUACCAUAAUCAUUAUCGGUUGGUCGGUGUUCUGGCUGGUGUAUUCAUAAUACUCAAUGGAUUCCGAGCAUGUGGCCUUUG